AAAGAAAUGAUGUCGAAGCGUCGCCAGACUCUGGGCAUCCAAAUCCUCCUGGGCGCCAUCAUCCUUAUUGUGCUCGGGUAUACAUUGUUUCCAGAUACGUCAGACGAAGCGUGGCAAAAGCAUACGGCUCGAUUCAGACAGCAGCUACUCAAUAAAAAACUGUCGUCUAUUCGGCCAGGUGGCAAAUCCGGUCAAGUAAAAGCGGCUUUUGUUGUUCUCGCACGGAAUGACGAACUCGUGGGCAUCAAAAGUGCCAUUCAGCAGAUGGAAGAUCGAUUUAAUCAUCGAUUCAACUAUCCUUACGUAUUCCUCAACGAUGACGAGUUUACCGAUGAAUUCAAGCAAAUGACCUCGUCACUGACCAAUGCCGAAACCCACUAUGGCACCAUAGAUCGUUCCAUGUGGGGUUAUCCAUCUCACAUCAAUACCACCCUGGCCGCCGAAUGCAGAGCCAAAAUGCAAGAUGCAAACAUCAUAUAUGGUGACAGUGAGUCCUACCGCCACAUGUGCAGAUUCCAGUCGGGUUUCUUCUACCGGCAUCCUCUUUUAAAAGACUUUGAGUACUAUUGGCGGGUGGAACCUUAUGUCAAGUAUUUUUGCGACAUUGAUUAUGAUGUCUUUCAGAUGAUGAAAGACAAUGGAUACAAAUAUGGAUGGACUAUCUCACUGACGGAAUACAUGGAUACGGUACCAACUUUAUGGAGUACUACCCUGAAUUUCAUCAACGAACAUAAACAUCUGAUCAAUUGGGGAAAAAACAGUCUUUUGGAUUGGAUUACAGAUGACAACUGGGAAACGUACAAUGGAUGCCAUUUCUGGUCCAAUUUUGAGAUCGGAUCCCUCGAAUUCUUGCGAAGUCCUGCCUACACCAAGUACUUUGAAUACCUGGACAAGGCCGGCGGAUUUUUCUAUGAACGUUGGGGAGAUGCUCCGGUCCACUCAUUGGGCGUGGCUCUUUUCUUAAAACCUGAAGAAGUGCACUUCUUUAACGAUAUCGGGUAUAAGCACGAGCCUCUAAUGCACUGUCCGACCGAAAAUUAUUUGCAAAGUAGGUGCAGCUGCGAUCCCGCUCAUAAUUUCGAUUGGGAUCCAUGGAAUUGCGCCGCUCGUUACCGAGAUCGUAUUGAUCGUGAAUUUGUGUGGGAUGAAAAGAAAUAUCGGGAAAAGACGAACCCUUACCGCAUCGAUGCAGCAUAGGAAAUUUACAACAUAUCAUCCAAUCAUAUCGCAAUAAAAUUCACCACGCGGUCACCUCCCGUUC